ACUAUACACACAAAUCUAGGGUUUAGCUGCUCUCCCCUCCUGCAUCUGCGUUCCAUUGUCUUUCUGCCGCUGCGCUUGCUUUCUCCUCUCUCCAGAAUAUACACAAACAUGGCCGACAAAAAUGUGACGAUCCGAACCAGGAAGUUCAUGACCAACAGGCUUCUCUCCAGGAAGCAGUUCAUCAUUGAUGUCCUUCAUCCAGGGAAAGCUAAUGUCUCAAAGGCCGAGCUGAAGCAGAAAUUGGCCGAGUUGUAUUCAGUCAAGGACACACAAGCUAUCUCUGUUUUUAAGUUCCGAACUCACUUUGGUGGUGGAAAGUCAACGGGGUUCGGGUUGAUUUACGAUUCUGUUGAGAGUGCCAAGAAAUAUGAACCUAAAUAUAGACUUAUCAGGAAUGGACUUGAUACCAAGGUUGAGAAGUCAAGGAAGCAACUUAAGGAGAGGAAGAAUCGUGCAAAGAAAAUCCGUGGUGUGAAGAAGACCAAGGCUGGAGAUGCUGCCAAGGGUGGGAAGAAGAAAUGAGCAAUACAAUUUUCCUUUACAAUCUUUAUUGUACUAGAAGCUAUUUCUUUUUGUCCAAUAUGAUAUUUGAGGUGAAGUACUUGUGACAUUAUUGGGAGAUUAUCAUUUUGUUUUUGCUUGUCA